CCCAAGGAACUAGGCUGCUUGCUAUUCAAAACUGCACAGAGCAAUGGAGAGUUUAGGCAAAGACCAUCCUUACUCAGACUCUUCUCUGCCACCGUCUGCAGCUCGCAAAGAGUAUGCUGUGCCAGAUGUCAUCAUCACACACCGCUUGAGAGACCGGGAGCUUCUCCGGAAAAGAAAAGUAGAAGCACACGAGAAAGACUCAGUUCAGUGGGAUUUGAGGGAGCAAGAGAAGAACAAACGACAGAGGAGAGGCAGAGGAGCCAGGAGAGGACGGGGCCACCAGAUGGUGGUAGAGCCCAACCUGGAGCCAGAACCAGAGCCAGAACCACAGCCCCACCCACAGAAGGAGGCUGAGGCAGCACCACCUGAGCCAGUGCAUCAAGAACAGCUGCCCAUGUUGACUAUCCACGACCUGGACAGUGGGAUGCAACCAAGAGUGGUGGAGGAGAAGCUGGCAGCCAGGAACCAGGAUCCUGUGGGUGAGCUGCCAGAUACCUCCUGGCCCCGUGAAGAGGAGGUGCUGAAACCAGCAGAAGCAGAAAUACCAGAAGUUUUGAAUACUCCUCUGGAAUAUGACCACCAGGAUAAUGAAUUCCACAAGCACAUUCUAUUCUAAUUUUCUGAUUUCACCACCCCCACCUUCUUUUCCUUUUCUGCUUUGACUCCUGCCUGACAAACUCUGAUAAGUAUUGCAGAGUGCGUUUGGCCAGCUCCUUCCCUGUGAGUAAUAAAGCCCACAUUUUCCUGGUC